AUGAUGAGGGGUUUUGUGAAUCUGGUGACGAUUAACUGGAUCGAACGCGCUUAUUCAGUGCGCCGCAUGGAUCCUUACAAGCAGUUCUUCUACCAGUCAGCAAAAGCCGCAAUUGAUGCAGCAGAUGAAGCAGCCAUGAAACAAUCUGUUCCAGGGUUGCAUACCCUGGAGCUGCCGCGCUCAGUCAUGAACUUCACUGCAUCAGACUGUGGAGGCACCAUGGAUAUGUUCGCGCUCUUCAGGCCCCGGCCCCGGGCCACUUGCGAAGGCAGACUUGUCUAUUUCAACAGGAUCGGCGAGGCCGGGCUGUACGACGCCGACAAACAUGUACACAGCACCCUGAGCGUCCUCAACGAGCCUAAGGGAACAAGUCCCAUGUGCCUGUCCAUGUUGCCGCAUCCUGGCACCAACAAAGACAACAUGUAUGUCCUCGACGGUUCCCCUGGGAGGGCCAAUGGUCGAUGCUUCGAGGUCCUUGAGCCUAUGCCCAACCCGUCUGGAUUGAGAAGCAACUGUGGGUGGCCGGACUGGCGUUGGCGGCUUCUUCCACCACCUCCAUUUAUCCAUGAAUCUGGGUACAUGCCCUCCUCCAUUACUGCCUACACCACAGUAGUCGACGUCAACGGCUGUUCCUCCAUCUACGUAUCAUUUGCUGGCGGAAUCGGCACCUACAAGUUCGAGACGGCACGGCCUGACCCUCGGAGCCAUCUAGGAUGGAGCCCCUCGGAGGAGUGGAGCUACGUCGGGGCAUGGACGCUGCCCUUUGAUGGCAGAGCUCAGUACGUCCCUGAGUUCGACCUAUGGUUUGGCUUCUCUGACUUCAGCCCUAGCCACCUGUCUGCUGUGGACCUCUCUGCAAUAGACGGUGAACAGCCACCCACGGCCCUGCAAGUUGGGCAAGAUCUGAACCUACCUGACAAAGAGUACUGGGUUCCAGUAUAUCUCGAGCUUGUCAACCUGGGCGAUGGCAAGUUUCUCAUCGCUAGGAUAUUUGAGAUAGAAGAAACCCUUGAGCAGUUUGCUGUGUUAACCGGCAUAGAGAUGAUGGCUGGUGUUGGUGAUGAUCACAGCGUUAAGGUGGUCAAGCACAAGUGCGUACGUUAUACCUUCGGGGAUGACGCCAUCAAGUGUGUUCUCUAA